UGGCGUGGGAGUUGCUUCCGGGUUGCGCGCCCGGAAGCAGGAAGUUGUCGGCUUACCCUCCUUGCCCGGCGGCUGCUGUCCCCGAGGCGGGAGGAGCCCGAGAGGGCGCGGGCCCCGCAUGGAUUUUGUAUUGGAAGACAUGGAUCUAGCCACCAGUGAGCUCAGCAUUUAUGACAAACUUUCAGAGACUGUUGAUUUGGUGAGACAAACGGGCCAUCAGUGUGGCAUGUCAGAGAAGGCAAUUGAAAAAUUUAUCCGACAGCUGCUGGAAAAGAAUGAACCUCAGAGGGGGCCACCCCAGUACCCUCUCCUGAUAGCUAUGUAUAAGGUCCUUGUAACCCUGGGAUUAAUCUUGCUCACUGCCUACUUUGUGAUUCAACCUUUCAGCCCAUUACCACCUGAACCGGUGCUUUCUGGAGCUCACACCUGGCGCUCACUCAUUCAUCACAUCCGGCUGAUGUCCUUGCCCAUUACCAAGAAGUAUAUGCCAGAAAAUAAGGGAGUUCCUCUGCCUGGGGGUGAUGAAGACAGACCCUUUCCAGACUUUGACCCUUGGUGGACAAACAACUGUGAGCAGAAUGAGUCGGACCCCAUCCCUGCCAACUGCACUGGCUGUGCCCAGAAAUUACCCCUCAAGGUAAUGCUCCUGGAAGAUACCCCGAAGAAAUUUGAGAGACUUCAUCCUCUGGUGAUCAAGACGGGACAGCUCUUGUUGUCAGAAGAGCUUCAGCAUUUCCUGUGCCAGUACCCUGAGGUGACGGAAGGCUUCAGCGAAGCGUUUUUCAACAAGUGGUGGCGCUGCUUUCCCGAACGGUGGUUCCCAUUUCCUUAUCCAUGGAGAAGACCUCUAAACAGAGCACACAUUUUACGCGAGCUUUUUCCUGUUUUCACCUACCUGCCAUUUCCAAAAGAUGCCUCCUUAAAAAAGUGCUUCCUUCUUCAACCGGAACCUAUUGUGGGUAGUAAGAUGCAUAGGAUGCAUGACCUGUUUAUCAUUGGCAGUGGUGAGGCCAUGUUGCAGCUCAUCCCUCCCGCCCAAUGCCGAAGACACUGCCAGUCGGUGGCGAUGCCACUAGAGCCAGGGGAUAUUGGCUAUGCCGGCGCCACCCACUGGAAGGUCUACAUGAUAGCCCGAGGGGUCCAGCCUUUGGUCAUCUGUGAUGGAACCACCCGCUCAGAACUAUAGGUAACAAGAACUGUACAGAGGAACAACGUAGAGAGCUGAAGACCAGAUUGAAAGGGGGGAAAUAAAAACGAUGAACCACUUUCCAAGGCUACUUAGUUACCUGCCCUCUGCAUGCGUGUAUGAGCCAGCCGUAUGCUGGAGGUCGUGGCCAGAGCCUGGCCCUCCCGACUCUUCCAGCCUAGCUGCUUGGCCAGGACUUUGCCAAUACCUGCCUGUGAGAGACUGGGCUCUUUCAUCUUCCACACCUUUUGGAACCGCAGCCUCAAGGCUGCCCCUCAGGCAGGAAACGGGAUUGGUGCCUUCCCUUUCUUGCACAGCCUGAUCCCCUCUGCCGGCUCCCUGGCCACAGAGAGGGCAGCCGGCAGGUCCUGACUUCAGAGCCCUCCCUUACCAGGUGGGCCUGCUUGUCCUGUCUUCCUGGCCACACCAGCCUGUACUUCGGUGGAAAGCCAUG